AUGGCAGGAAAGGAGGACUGGCCAGAGAGCAUACUUUAUGAAGAACUAGGAAAUUCUGACCCGGCUUGGCGGCGAACUCAGGGGUUGGUGCCCGCCUUCAGUGAGGCCUCCUCUUUGUUGGGGAUCCCAUAUGACAGCAUCAACACUGCAAGUGAAGCUGUGUUUCGCUUCGAUGUUUUUCACAAUUACCACUUGGGUGUGGGAAAGAACUACAUCUCAUCGGCGGUUGUGAUGGUGAUGGAACUUAUUCCGACUUCGAUUGAACAAGCCUUUCAGCAGCUCACUGCCGACUUUCAGGCAUACUGCAAAAGGAUGAAGGAGUCUCCUUAUCACAAGCGAUUGACCGCAGUACUUUUUGGAGUGCACACAGGGUUCCAAGAAUGCCCUGACGGAGGUUGGUCCAAGGGCGACUUCACUCGUUUGCUCCACCUUUGGUUCGCGGACUACUGCUCAAGAGAAGUGAUUGGGAAGACUCAAGAACCAGUGUACUUGAUGUGUGCAGAAGCCACUGCCAAGAUCAAUGAGUUCAUUGGCGGACUCUACCAUGAAGGCAUUUUUAUCAAGCCUGAGAGGGCACAGAGUUUGGCUGAGAGUGGAUUGUCUUUCCUUCAGUUGUACUUAAAGCUUGCCCGAUGCUGCUUUGAGCGAAGGCAAAAGCGCUUUCCCAUCAUGCCCAAAUGUCACUACUUACAUCAUCAAAUGCUUGAUGUUUUGGAACAAGGAAGGGCAGGUAAACUUGCUGUGAAUUGUUUAGUUUACUCAUGUCAGAUGCAGGAAGAUUUUGUCGGCCGGCCAUCAAGGCUAGCAAGGCGUGUAUCUUCACGGACAACCGCAAUGCGGGUGAUCCAAAGGCUGUUCCUAUCAAUUCGAAGCUUGGGUGAUUAG